AUGAGCCUUCGCGUGCAACAGCGGAGAGCCUACUUUACCGAACCCACGAAAGAUGUCAGUACAGGACCCACAGACUGUCCGGACAUGUUAAGCGUCAGUUGACAUGGUCAUCGAACCUCGAACCUCCGCCACGACGGCGAUGUGCAACGAACCCACCUUCCGCAUACGUCCGCACGUCGCUCUCGAGUCUCCAGGCGCUGUUCCGGGAAGCGUUCGGUCUACCCGAGGAGGAGGAACCAUUGGGAGAGGUCCAUGCGGUGUUGACCAUGCAGGGGAAGGAGGAAGCCUAUGUCAGUUCUCGGAUCAACUCUCGGAUCAACUCGCUGCUUGGGUGAACGACGUCGGUCGUCGUCGUCGUCGUCGUCGUCGUCGUCGUCGUCGUCGUCGUCGUCGUCGUCAUCAUCGGUCGGGAACCGUGUCCGGCGUUGGGCUCGGCACGCGGACCCAGAACUCGGCGACUCGAGCUUGGAAGCAGAGAUUGCUCGAUACUGAUGCUGUAUUCCUUCUCGGCUCCGACCCGCCCCCCCUUCGUUUCUCGUCUCGCACCAGUCGGGAAAGCUUUAUCUGUCUACCUCGUUUCUCGCCUUCACCUCGCUCGACCGACGAUCCUGUCGUUUCACCUUACCCCUCGCGACCGUGCGACGCGUCGAGAAACUCGCCCCAGGCCAAGACGGCACUUCAGCCGGCGCAUUCGCCCUGUCCCUCACCCUGCUGCACCACCUCCGCAUCGUACUCCAACUCAACUCGCUCCGACCGACGAACGAUGCCUUCUGCGCCACGUUGCGAAGACGCCUCAAGGCUUCUUUGCCGAUGAUGAAGGCCUUGUCACCGUUUUCCCGCACCUUCUUUUCCGAACAUUACCUCAACCCAGUUUCGGAAAAGGACGACGCCGACGCGGAUGGGACAGGCGCCUCGGAGAAACCCGAACCCGUGGUCGGGCAGCUGAUCUCGUUCGGCGAAGGCGAUUCCGAAGCCAAGGACUUCAAAGGCAAGCAGAAGGAGGUCAACGAGUAUACGACCGAGGCGGGAACGGGCCAUGGCUUCCAUGGUGGCUUGUGAGUCCACCAUACGCGGGGCCCAAGAGGAGUGGCUCGGAAGACUGAAUUCUAGGACACUCUUCUGGUCGCCUCACAGAGGUCUCGUCUUCAAGUUUCCGGGAGAUCCUCGAAAGUGAGUCACAAGUCUGGUCAGUUCCGUGCCAGAGUGAAUUUAAUCAGCACUCAUCGUCUCAUCUGCAGGCUGCGCGAGAAAUCAAAGAUGAAGCUGUGGAAGGAGUAUUUGACGCGUGAGUUCUGUCGCAUCCUGGCCUAGCGGCUCACAAACUAAGGUUUUUCGACCGUUCUCGCUCGCGACAGACCAUGGACGCAACUUGACCCUCGUGCGCUACCCCUCCUUCACCCGCCUCGUCCUCGUCGGUCUUCCGAAUCGACUCCGAGGCGAGAUGUGGGAACUCACAUGCGGGUCUAUGUACAUGCGCUUGCACAACCCUGGAGUCUAUGACAAGAUCCUUGAGGAUAACGAAGGGCGGAGAUCGGCGAGUACGGAUGAUAUUGAGAAGGAUUUGCAUCGGUCGUGAGUAGACUUCACGAGUAGGGCACGCGAGAUUGGCGUGAAAGCGUACUGACGAGAGGUGUGAUGGUCUUAGAUUACCCGAGUAUGCGGCGUACCAGGACAAAGCCGGCAUCGACGCGAUGCGGAGGGUGUUGACGGCAUAUUCGUGGAGCAAUCCGAGUGUGGGGUACUGUCAGGUCAGUGACGGCGUGCUACUCCCUAGCCUGAAACGUGAGCUAAUAUGUAUGCGCUCCACUUCUCAGGCAAUGAACCUCAUCGCUGCGUCUUUCUUGAUCUACAUGUCCGAGGAGCAAUGCUUUUGGACGUUGACCGUGUUAUGCGACCGGUUACUACCGGGAUACUACUCGUGAGUCUGCAAACACCGGCUAUGUCGCCUGGAUCAAAGUCCUGACAUGACAUUGCAUUUCUUCUCCAGGCCGUCGAUGUACGGCACUGUACUCGACCAACGCGUAUUCGAGCACCUCGUUCAAAAAUGCCUCCCCUUGAUCCACGACCAUUUCUCUGAAGCUGACGUCCAACUCUCCGUCGCGAGUCUACCGUGGUUCCUCUCCCUCUACAUCUCAUCCCUUCCGAUGGUGUUUGCCUUCCGAAUCAUCGACUGUUUCUUCCUCAUGGGGCCAAAAGUCUUGUUUCAAGUCGGGUUGGCGAUCCUCAAGGUCAAUGGGGAGGAGUUGUUGCAGACAAGUGAUGAUGGGGCUUUUAUCAAGUGAGUUCGGGAACGCUGAAAUUACUUAAAGUUGACUGAAGCUGAUGGAUCAUGUGUUGUGGUUUGAACAGCGUUCUCAAGUCGUACUUUGCUACGCUCGGUGAUUCGGCCCAUCCCGAAUCGCGUGAUCCUAAGAUGCGGCAAAUCACGAAGUUCCAGGAACUGUGUGAGUCACGCAUGCUGGGAAACUGAAGAGCGUACGUGCCGACCAUUCGUGCUGACCAUGCGAGCGCCCGUAUCCAUAGUCGUCGUUGCGUUCCGCGAGUUCGCGUCCAUCACCGACGAAACGAUCGCGAGUGAACGCAAGCGGUUCCGUUCCGAGGUCGUCGUCUCGAUCGAGAACUUCGCCAAGAGGUCGACAAUUCGAAACUUGCGCUCCACGGGACGACUGAGCAAAGAACAGCUCGGUCUCGCAUAUGAUCAUUUCCAACUUGCGCUCCUGAGGUCGACGGAAAGGUCUCGGAAACGAGGCUAUUCCAGCUCUGGUGGAUCCCUCAAAACCCCUUCGCAACGGUCGAGAGGGACCUCGGAGCCAUCAGCCGAAGAAACCUCGGUGACGGAGAAGCAAGAUGGCGAAAAACCGGAACCGCGCAUCGACCGAGAAGCGUUCGGUACCUUUUUGGGCGAUAUCGCCUCCUGGGCUAGGGACGAGAAAGUCGUUAAGAACGGUUUCCACGAACAUGUUGAACGCGAGCCGGUCGACCAUGCGCUCGUCGAUCGGAUCUUUCACAAUUGGGACGAAACGGGUGCGCAGGGGUUGUCGUUUCAGGAUGUGGUGACGGGUCUGGAUUCGGUCCUGUUCAAUGAUUUGAUGAUGAAUCUGGCGUGGUUAUUUUCGAUCCAUGAUGGAGAUCGGGAUGGGCAUUUGACGAGGGAUGAAGCAUUGCAGGUCUCGGAGAGUUUACUGGUCAGUAGCGCUGCUGGUCCGCAGCUCAGAGUCGUCGGCUGAUGUCUUUUUGGCUCCCACAGUACAUCUUCCGCAACGAGCCCGGCGAUCGCUACCUCGGCAGUGUAAGCAACCUUAUCCAAAACCUAUUCGAAUUCGCCGAAUCCUCAGCCCAUCAAACCGCUCCCGAUCCACACACCGGUCGAACCCGACCUCCUUCAGCCGAGAAUGACGAUCCACAAAAACCCGCUUUGGCACUCGCGACGUUCCGUAUGUGUGUGCUUGCGGACCCUUUGCUCGAAGACUUUUUCGAAAGUGACCUCACGGCCAGUUGGAGGUUGGAGAUUCUUUUGGCGGAGGAUCAACCGAAGCAAGCGAAGGGUGCUGUAGGGGGUUGGUGGGGUGGUAUUGUUAGUGCUGUGAUGACGGAUGAGAAUAAGGUGCGUCAAUUCCUCUUGAGAUAACAAUCGGCAGGGGAGCGUGGAGACUGACUGUCGUCCAAAAUGAUACAGGAACGAAUCAACCGCAUCGCCGAUGAGGUCGGCAAGCGGCUUGAUAUCCAGACGGUUGAGCAGAGUAAGCCUUUGUCACCCUGCUUUCGGGAGUGCCGAGUCUUCUCAUCAUGUAUAUCGCAAACUACAGGACCUAGCAUCGGCAAGCUUGAUGCAGCAGCGGCCGCAAUCGAACCGACAGCACGUGACUCGCUCUUCUCGACGUCGACCAAGCCUGCGGCCGCCAGGAACCCUACGCCCGUCGCCGUAGUCGAAUCAGCUCCUGCCGUCAACCCUCUCUCGGCGGCCGCUAUGCGUAUGCCCGCAUAUCCACCGGUCAUGAACCCAUGGGCCAAUGAACCGGCCUCCACCAAAGUCGGUGCCCCAACGCGCGAAAUCGACGUGCAAGAUCUGGCCCGGCAGGUUGCGGAAGAACGGACUCAGUUCGCCGACGAUCAGUUCGUUAUCGACAAUGAGGGAGAAGAGGACGCAGAUUUGGGCGCAGGCGAGUUGGAUGGCGAUUUGAUGAAUCAGGUCGAUCAAAUGCUUGACGGGGAUCAACAGAAUCCGACGGCCGCACGCGAAGGUGAGUGUGACUAG